AUGGGUCUAGUGGAGACAAUCACCCUCUUGGUGAUUCUGGUGUCACGUAAGGAUUCAGAUACGGAGAGAUUGAUUCUGCCAGGAAAAUCCGAGUUUGCUAACUCGGGUUUUCUUUCGUGCAUGCCGGAAAAUAUUAGUCCUCUCCUCUCAGGAAGGCAGCUUUUUUCCUGGACGCUACUCUGGGGAGCAAGUAGCCGUCUCUCUGAAAAGCAUUUUGAAGUCAAAGGUGUGUACUUGAUGUGGAAGCCAGAAAUUAUUUUUGUUGUUUUGAGGAAAUGA